AUGGCCUACGAUCGUGUUAUAUUUCCGCUGCUGGUUUGCGUCCUAUGUUUCGCAUCCUACUGCGCACCCUGCUCGAUGGACGUUGGACAGACGCUGGACCUGAGUCAGUUUGCAGGAAAGUGGUAUUUUAUUGCUGGCACGUCGACGAACCUAAGCUUGAGCAGUUGCGGAUGGUUCCUGGUGAAAGAAACAACGUCCACCGACUUUGUAAUAAGAUUCAGGGGGCAUCGUCAUAAGAGUAACAUUCCUGUCGUUUCUAACAUAGUGGGGAAAGUCGAUGGGAAUAAUAUCGUUACAUACUGGCGUAGGCUAAGAUCGAGAAGGAAAUUAGGGCCAUUUUAUCACGUGAUAAUCUCCGUGAAGUACGAUACGGCUGUUGGUAUGCUGGUCUGCACGGAGACGAAGAGGUAUAUGGAAAACAAGUUGGCUAUGAUUUGGUCCCGAGAGAGGAGCUUGCCUUUGCCGAUCUUGGAGGAACUGAAAUCCAAACUAGGGGCGUACGUUAACCAAGAAAUACGGAUGGCGGAUCACGACAACUGUUAA